AUGAGUUUAAUAUUAGGUGAAACAUCAUUUGGUCUUAUUGAAAUGUGUAUAAUGUUCUCAACAUCAAAUUCUAAUAAUCAAAAAUGUUUUAUUCCACAUCAUUUUCGUUCAGUAUGGAUUAUAUCAUUUGCUUUAGCAAUUGGUGCUUUUCUUCUUCUUUCAUUAACUAUUCUUCUUCUUGUUACUUCACAAUAUACACAAAGAACAAUAGCUGAAUAUGGUCGACUUACCGGAUUUAUUGCAAUGAUCUGUUUAUGUCUUUCAACAGUUCUUUUUCCAAUUGGUUUUGAUUCAGAAAUUAUUGGUGGUUCACCAUUUCAAUUACCAUCUGAUUAUCAAAUAGGAUCAAGUUAUAUUUUAUUUGUUGGUGCAACUUGGUUAACUGUUAUUUCGACAUUAAUGACUGGAAAAAUAUGUUUACCAACAUUUAUUAUUUAA